AUGAAGAAAAUAAAUGAUAAUAAGAGUUCUGGAGGAAGAGUUGAAUUAGAGGUGAAUGAUGUUAAUGAGAAAUUAGAUAAUAAAGCAGAUAAAAACCAUGUUCAUUAUAUAAGUUCAGAUGAACAGAUUAUAACGGACUACCAUGGAUAUUUAACACAAGAUGAAGAAGUGAAGACGAAAGAUGUUAAUGAAAGAAGAUAUAAAUUCAUUCGUGCUAAAGGUUAUGACAUACACUGUACUGUACAGUAUGACACAGGUAAAGCACCAGAAGCAUUUGGUUAUAACGAUGAAAUUUAUGCUUCAUACUUCUUUGUUAACGGUGUAUUAGUUGAACCAAGAUUUACAUUGAGAGUUAAGGCAAAAAUAACUUUUGAAGAUGCUAUUAAAAGUAAAGCUGACAAAGAUGAACUUGACGCAACGAACAAAGUUUUGAAAUCUCAUAAACACAAUAUCUCCGAUAUAAAUGAACUUCAAACUUCUUUAGACAGUAAAGCAGACAAAAACCAUACACAUGAAUCCUUCACUACUGUUAGAGCAGACGACAUAAUAUUGAACUUUGACCUUGGUUCAAGUGCACCUUUAGAGAAUCCAAGUACAAGCGUAAAAGAUACACUAAACAAUUUAGAUAACAGUUGCAGGAAUAUCGAAGGUCAUGCCAGAAACUUUGAAGCAUAUGAACUACCAGCAAUGUUAGAUAAGAAAGCAGACAAAACAGAGCUUCAAACAUUAAAGACUGAAAUACUUCAAACAUUAUAUCCUAUAGGCUCUAUUUAUACGUCAAUGAACUCAACAAAUCCAGCAAGUGUUUUAGGUUUUGGUACGUGGAAGCAGAUUGUAGAUAAAUUCUUAUACUGUGCUAGAUAUUCAAAGCAAACAG